AUGGUUGGAUGCUAUACUGCAGAACAACCCUGUAAAACCCCGCGCGGUUUACCGACCUUAGGGACAUUAGUGCCUGGCGCCUCUUUAUAUGGAUGGGGCGCGCUGCUGUUUAAAGACAGCAAGGAAGUGUGGGCCACUGGGGGUGCGUGGGGAAAAGCGCCCCAUAUUAUUGCACAGGCUGAAGCGAGGGCCUUCGUCUUGGCCUUGCUCGCUUUCAAGGGGAAUUUGUCUAUUACACUCCAUUUGCGCAUCGAUAACACUACGGUAAUGCAUAUUAUGAGAAAAGGCAGCACGCAUUCCGAUGCCCUGGUGGGGAGGCAGGGCGCAUCGACAGGGUUCUGCGGGACCAAGGCUUGA